AUGCUCCUCUCCCAAAGCUACGCCAUGAUAGUGUGCUGGCAAUCACACAAUGUUCCACUCGAAGCUAUUUGGGGUAUCGGUGUUCCGUUGCUAUUUGGCGGAGGUAGGAGUGUUGCUGAAGCUAUGGUGUUUGCCAUGAUCGCGGAUGUUGUACCCGAAGACAAACGAUCAACGUGGCUUCAGUACAUUGUUGCAUCCGUUCUUAGUGCGCAGCUUGUUGGACCUGUGGUAUCGGGGAAGCUCCUCCAGUCCUCCUCCAUAUGGAUGCCACUCUUCUUAUCCUUGAGCUUAGUAUCAAUCGGUGGUUUCAUUAUCAUCGCCUUUACACAGGAAACUUUGAAGAAAACUCGGCCUCAGGACAAUAGUAGCACAAACAUUGAUCCGUAUACCUACGGCCUCGAGUUGGACAACCUCAACUUUGAGUUGCCCAAGAAAACGCCAGCACUGGCCACGGUCAAGUCGAUGCUUUCCUGGCCUCUUGUCUGGCUUCUACCAGGUGCCGUCAUGACAAUACCACUGGCUACAACGCAAACCGAGAUCAUCAUCCGCUUGAUGCCGAUACAGUUCGACUGGCCUCUGCACCGCUCUAUAGUUAUCGUGUCUCUACAAAGUCUUGUCACACUGGUCACCCUGUGCAUAUUACUACCUGUCAUCACUUACACAUGGACCAAGUUCUCUCGCUCGUCAGCUCACUUUCGAUACUCCAUUCUCGCUCGUUCGAGCUCCUUUCUAUUCUUUUCCGGCUGUCUCUGCAUGAUGAUGGUCACAAGCGAGUCUUUUGUCAUCGCCGGUCUGAUCAUCGCAGCUCUCGGUUCGGGUUUGCCUACGCUGUGUCGAGCAAUGCUGGUUGGAAUGGUGGACGAAGGCCGUGCAGGGACUCUAUUUGGGAUACUAGCAGUUGGAGAGAUCUUGGGGUUCCUCAUUUUUGAGACAAGCAUGGGGGCAUUGUUCGGGGUUGGUUUGGGAUCGUGGAUUGGGUUGCCGUUUUGUCUGGCAACAACUGCAAGUCUCAUGAUAACUCUGUCAAUUGCGUUGGCGCCUACGAGGAUGCUGACGGCUGAUAAUGCACAAGUAUGCAUGGCAUGA